GAGUGAAAGCGCUUUCAGAUCGCGCAGGGGAGCUAUGAGGUGACUUUGCAGAUAACUCCUCCCCCUUCCUCCCACCCCCACCAGGGAGAGGGAGGGCCCCAUCCCUCACCCGAUCCGAGAGAGGGAGUGAGUGGGGGAGGCGAUAAAAAAGGUAUAAAUACAACUGGAAGCUGCGACACUCCGAUUACUUUCGCUGUGACGUCGAUACUCUAGAGACACACCCAAAGUCCCAAACCCGAGUUCACUACGUCCCUCUCUCUCACUCUCUAUCUCCUUCCCGCCAAAACGACUGAUCUACAGUGAUGUGAGUGAGCCUCUCUAUCAACUAACUCAUGAUGGAAUCGAGGCCUCUCAUCGCUCUGUUAGUUUUGAUAGGCUCCGUCACUGCAAGGGACCAUCACCUAAGCAAUGGAAACCUGCAGCAACUGGAGGACGGAGCCUUUCCCAACCCCCAUGGUGGCUUCAGAUUCCAAGAAAUUUUCCCAGAGGAGCACAAUGACGAUCUGAACAACGGCUUUUAUCCAGAUCCUCACUUUGAUCUAGAACCUCCUUAUCAUGGAAGGCCAGAGUCUGUUCGCUUUGGACGACCUCACUAUCGUCAGCCAGGUGGGCGACGAGUCACACGACGUCCAAGUUAUUUCAGUGCUUCCUCACCCUCCCAAGGUGUAGUGCGAAAUCCUGGCAGAGGAAUCGUUCGUGGCGGUGGACCAUUUGGUAGGACACCUUCACCCUACGUUAACGAGCCUGGUGUAGCUGGUUUCAUGAAGUCUUUCAGACGUCUCAUCAGAACAUACCUCUAAAGCAAACUUUGCUCUAGUUUUGAGGCAUACUCAAAAGGGCUCAAACAAUCAAAAACCACAUUUGGAAAAGGAGAGUUUGCACCAAUACUAACCUCCAAGAGGAUUAUCAGACUUGCUUUCUUCCAGGUGGACCAAUUCCAGCAUUGAAGACUACAGAAAUCAUGCCUCUAGUGCAGCUCAUUGUUCUCCUGAAAGUGAACUUCAAAAUCAUCUACUUCAACAGUGGCCUGCACUUUCCAUAGAGGCAAAGAUUUAUUUGAAAAUACUUUAUUCAGAAGAACUUUAUGAAUUCACUCCAGCACAUCUGAAAAGAACUGUUUAUCAUUCACUCAGGGUUAGUUUGUUACUGUUAAGUUUAGUUACAAUAAGUGACAACCCUUGUAAACUAUUACAAUUAGGCAUAUAUACUUGUUACCAUAGAAAUCUAGUGUUUGUUAUUUGAAAACUAUGAAAACCUUACAUGGAAGAGGAGAUGCUGGCAUCUCCCAUAUCUGGUGUUGUAAGGACAAAUAUAUAUUAUAAUCAUCUUCC